UCUCCAUACUCACCUCCACUACGUCAGACUACUCAUGGGAUCUCAUCUACAGGUUCUCGCACGACUCCAACGCAAGCUGGAUCCAGCACACCUCACACACCUGACUUCAACUGACUUGGAAGCAUCUCGAAUUUUCUGGAUAAAGGCAACUCAAAAAGUCUACUUUCCACAUGAACUCAAGGCUCUUCAAUCACACACUCCACUUCUCUCUUCACAUGUAUUCAGUAGACUUACUGCAUUCCUCGACAACAAUGGUGUAAUUCGUGUAGGCGGACGAAUUUCCCAUUCUCAACUCGACCCAGAUAGCAAGCAUCCAAUUAUUCUUCCUCGACACUCUCAAUUUACUUCUUUGGUUAUAGAUGAAACUCACCAAACAACUUUACAUGCAAGGCACUGUGGCACCGCUCUCAACAACUCAUGGCACAACUACCCACAUCUCAAGUGCAGCCAUCUCAUCCAUUCCUCCACACUCUGAGGAUUGAAAGCAGUCUCUUCGCUCCAGUUAUGGGUGGAUUGAGUAGCUCAGACACUGGAGUGAUGGAUUGCCUCAACUUCCUCACAAUGGAUAAUUUACGAAGACCUACUCGAUUAUAAUCAACUCCGUUAAUUAUGGCGGCCGGAAUGUUAAAAAUUGGAGUAAUUUUUAACCCAUCUCUACACUCUGUGCACAUCUCUAUCAACUCAGUGACUGCGUUUAUCGUUACAUGCUUCUGUGAACGUAACCUUUAAAUCGCUGUCAAUCAGCUGCUCAAAAAAACCGGUGGAACCUGUUGAAUCUGUUCAAUUUAAUUCA